AUGGCCGCUCCGGGCCCGAGCACGCCGGGCCGCACCGGGACCCGCUUGGCACAGGAGGCGCUCGACAAGGCGCCGGGGAGGAGGCGACCGGCUCUCGCUUCCUUCUCCGCCUUCAGCUUCGUCCCGCCCAAACGGGAAGGGCCUCCGGAGCUCAGCUAUUUCAGCCGGCCGCACAAGACAGGAGAUUUUUUCACCUAUGAUGCCAUUUUUAAGAUACCAGAAGGUUACAACCAGUAUCUUCCGCAAUGUGACAGAAAACACGCAAAGGGUCGUGGCCUUAAAAUUCAUGAGGAGGAAAUGGAAAGACCUGUUCCAGUGCGGACAUCUUCAGAGUAUGGGAAGCACGUACAUAAGCCCUUAGACCCAGCAACCAGAGAGCAUGUAAGGGUUUGCAGCCUGCACGCAGCAAUCUACGGGGAAGGCAGUCGCCCUGCUCAUUGAAAAAAAAAAAGAAACUUCUCCAGGCCUGGAUCCAUGGGAAAUCUCUUGUAUCUGUCAUUGCUAGCAACAUUUAUCUGGGAGUUAAAAAAAAAAGAAAAAAAUCCAACACUUUGAAAAGCAAUAUGGUGCUUUUCCCUUUUCUUCUACAGUUUAAGUUAAUGGGAAUGAUCUGGAUUAAAAAUAGGGUGAAAUAAAAGCUGCACUUUUUCUCAUGCUGAUUAAAGUGCAUGUCUUCUCCUUACAUUCUCAUAAAAAUCCCAUGAAGAGCAGCACCAACAAGAGCUUUUUAGAACAUUUUAGGAAGCAGCACUGGGAAUGAGACCUGUUGGGGCAAAAGCUGUGUCUGCAAUUUUGGGCACUGCU